AUGGUUAACAAUUUCAUUCGGUGCGCGAACAAGGCCGCUGAGAGCGCGUCUGCACGUCUCUGUGCGGACGCCGAAGCAGAAACAACAGCAACUGAUGUCUCAUCGGUUGCUGAAGCGACCCAGCCUGUGUCACUUGGUGAUGCAGGCGCUGGUCAUGAAGACACUCAUGUCUUCACAGAGUAUGAGCUCGGUGUCUCAUACUCUCCAGAUACAGAAGACGGUUCUGUGGCAAAGUCACUACUCAAAUUUUGUACGAGGAUCGGUGGCCACACCUUUAAAGCGCCGCUUACUGGUGGAAAAGGAGGCCAUGAGACUCGGCGAUCCAAUACGGAGGUGGAAGAUGAUCUUAACGGGAUCAGCGAACCGAUCCAACCGUCGUUCGACUAA